UCUACAGCAUCCCUGAAGAUGUCAAUGAAUAAUUCGCCAAAUGUAUUCUUGGAUCCAAAUGCAAAUCGCUUUCAAGUUAACAUAAUUAAUGAAAGCCAUGACAACAAUGAAACAUCCCAAGAGGAUGUGGGCUCUGACCCACCACAUUAUGAAGAAACAUCUUUUACUGAUGAAGCACAUAACAGAGUGAGAAUCAGUUACAGACCAGGAAAAAGAGAAUUAUAUGACAAUUACCUUCAAAAUGGGGAGAAAACAGAAGCUAGUUUACAUCCCUAUGAUACUCACACUAAAAUGUAUUAUCUACAAACUUUUGGCCAUAACACAGUGGACCCAGUUCCAAAAAUUGAUUAUUAUAGAAACACUGGCAGCAUCAGUGGGAAUAAGCUCAGCAGACCAAGCUUAUUAGAAAUUCAUGAACAACUGGCAAAGAACAUAGCUGUGAAUACUGGCUCAGUCGAGAGAGUGGCUAAUGGCGAAAGCACUGCUGGAGAUGAGACAGCAGUCAGCAAGGAAGAAGAAAACAAAACAGGAUUUGUCAAGUUUGGAUGGGUGAAGGGUGUGCUGGUAAGAUGUAUGCUUAAUAUUUGGGGUGUGAUGCUUUUUAUUCGACUUUCCUGGAUUGUAGGCCAAGCAGGAAUUGGUCUUGGAGUAAUCAUAAUUCUUCUCGCCACGAUGGUAACCUCAAUUACUGGGUUGUCAACUUCUGCGAUAGCAACUAAUGGGUUUGUCCGUGGAGGUGGAGCAUACUAUCUUAUCUCCAGAAGUCUAGGCCCAGAGUUUGGUGGAUCUAUAGGACUUAUCUUUGCUUUUGCAAACGCAGUGGCAGUUGCUAUGUAUGUAGUUGGAUUUGCCGAAACAGUUGUAGAACUUCUUAAGGAGAGUGAUACACUGAUGGUAGAUGAGUCCAAUGACAUCAGAAUAAUAGGUACCAUAACUGUUGUAUGCCUUCUUGGCAUCUCUGUUGCUGGCAUGGAAUGGGAAGCAAAGGCUCAAGUUAUUCUUCUAGUUGUUCUCCUUGUUGCCAUUGCAAACUUCUUUAUUGGGACAGUCAUUCCUACCAACAACGAAAAGAAGGCAAGAGGCUUUUUUAAUUACCAAGCAUCAAUAUUUGCAGAAAACUUUGGACCAGAUUUCAGAAGUGGAGAAGGAUUUUUCUCGGUGUUUGCCAUUUUUUUCCCAGCUGCCACUGGCAUUCUUGCAGGAGCCAAUAUCUCAGGAGAUCUGAAAGAUCCACAAGGUGCGAUACCCAAAGGAACAAUGCUGGCCAUUCUGAUUACGACAGUUGCUUACGUUGGCGUUGCAAUAUGUGCAGCCUCCUGUGUUGUACGAGAUGCUACUGGGAACAUCAAUGAUACAGUUGUACCUGGAAUGAGCUGCAAUGGAUCGUCUGCCUGCAGCCUAGGCUAUGAUUUUUCCAGAUGUGCAAGUCAGCCAUGUGAUUAUGGGCUGAUGAAUAAUUUUCAGGUGAUGAGCAUGGUGUCUGGCUUUGGUCCUCUCAUCACAGCUGGCAUCUUUUCUGCUACUCUGUCAUCAGCUCUAGCAUCUCUUGUCAGCGCACCCAAAGUUUUCCAGGCUCUUUGCAAGGACAAUGUCUACAAAGGGCUCCACUUCUUUGCCAAGGGAUACGGGAAAAACAAUGAGCCCAUCAGGGGAUACGUUCUCACUUUCGUGAUUGCUAUGGCAUUUAUUUUGAUUGCUGAACUGAAUACCAUUGCUCCCAUCAUCUCCAAUUUCUUCCUGGCUUCCUACGCUUUGAUUAAUUUCUCCUGCUUUCAUGCCUCAUACGCAAAAUCUCCAGGUUGGAGACCUGCAUUCAGAUAUUAUAACAUGUGGGUGUCACUUUUUGGAGCGCUGUUGUGCUGUGGUGUCAUGUUUGUCAUCAACUGGUGGGCAGCUCUCAUCACUUAUGCCAUUGAGCUCUUUCUAUACAUUUAUGUAACAUAUAAGAAACCAGAAGUAAAUUGGGGCUCUUCUACACAGGCUCUUUACUAUAUGAAUGCCUUAGACAGCGCUCUGGCAUUAACUACAGUGGAAGAUCACGUGAAAAACUUCAGACCCCAGUGCAUAGCAUUAACAGGAGCUCCUAUGAUCAGGCCUGCUCUGCUAGACAUCACACAUACUUUCACAAAGAACAACGGGCUAUGCAUCUGUUGCGAAGUGUACACGGGACCACGCAAGCUGUGUGUUAAGGAGAUGAACAGUGGCAUGGCAAAAAAGCAGGCCUGGCUCACAAAGAACAAAAGAAAAGCCUUUUAUGCAGCAGUGGCAGCUGACAGCUUCAGAGAAGGAGUCAAAAGCCUACUUCAAGCCUCAGGCUUGGGUAGAAUGAAACCAAACACCCUGGUGAUUGGAUUUAAGAAGGACUGGAGAAAUGCCACUGCCACGCAAGUUGAAAACUAUGUGGGCGUUAUACAUGAUGCCUUUGAUUUUGAGCUUGGCAUGAUUAUCGUCAGAAUUAGCCAAGGAUUUGAUAUAUCUCAUGUCCUCCAGGUUCAAGAGGAAUUAGAGAAGCUGGAGCAGGAGAGAUUGGCACUGGAAGCUACCAUUAAAGAAAAUGAUUUUGAAGAAGAAAAAAGUGGCAUCUGUGGAUUCUUCAAAAAAGCCAGCACACUCAAUAUCUCAAAACAUGAAACAAAAAAGGAGAGCACCAUUAACACAAUACAGUCAAUGCAUGUGGGUGAAUUCAAUCAGAAGCUGCUAGAAGCCAGCACUCAAUUUAAAAAGAAGCAAGGAAAAGGAACAAUUGACAUUUGGUGGCUGUUCGAUGAUGGAGGUCUAACAAUCCUAAUUCCUUACAUUCUAACUAUCAGGAAGAAGUGGAAAAAUUGCAAGUUAAGGAUCUUCACUGGAGGAAAAGUCAAUAGGAUUGAAGAAGAAAAACUAGUGAUGGCUUCACUUCUAAGCAAAUUCAGAAUAAAAUUCGCUGAUAUUAAUAUCAUUUGUGAUAUCAAUAUAAAGCCCCACAAAGAGAGCUGGAAAUUCUUUGAAGAGAUGAUUGAACCAUAUCGCCUCCAUGAAAGCUGCAAAGAUAUAACAACUGCUGAAAAAUUAAAGCGAGAGACUCCGUGGAAAAUUACAGAUGCAGAGCUGGAAGCAUUCAAGGAGAAGAGUUACCGCCAAGUCCGUCUGAAUGAACUCUUACAAGAGCAUUCAAGGGCAGCCAACCUCAUUGUCCUGAGCCUCCCAGUAGCAAGAAAAGGAGUAGUCUCUGAUUACCUGUAUAUGGCUUGGCUAGAAAUUCUCUCCAAGAACCUUCCUCCAAUCUUAAUGGUCAGGGGCAACCACAAAAAUGUACUGACUUUCUAUUCUUAGAAAAACAUCAGUGCCUAGAAUAUCCCUUGCUUGAUUUCAACACCAACAUUUUUAGUGGCAGUGAUUUGUUAAAGACACUUAUCUAAUACAGAUCUACAACUUAACUGACAGAAAAUUUUUCAAAAAUCCAAAGCAACACUGUGAAGAAUUAGACAAAAAAAAAAAGUAAAUGGUCCCUGCUGGUGUAACACUCCAGUAUAGGCAAAAGAAGGAAAAAAAAAUACUUAAAAAAAAAAUAUAUAUCAGAUAAUACAGCAAAUAUUGUGAACACACAAAGAAGAAA